AUGGGAAAAGAUAUAACUGAUUACAACCUCACAGAUAUUCCUUAUCAUGUGUUGUGUUCAGAUAAGUUUCUGAAAGAAAUUGAAGUUGAGUAUCAGAUACCUAUUUCUGAUGAAGAUUUGGCUUCAGUCUCAAUGUUAAACAGAGCACAAAAGUUUGCAUUUGACAAAAUAAUCCAAAAAAUUAAUGAAAAUGUUCUUGUUAUUUUUUUCAUUGAUGGUCUCGGUGAAACUGGUAAAUCUUUUUUAUAUAAAGCAUUGCUUGCAAUUGUGAGAUCAAGAGGUCAUAUUGCACUAGCAACAACAAUGUCUGGUGCUGCAGCAUUGCUAUUGCCAGGAGUACGCACGGCACAUUCUCGUUUCAAGAUUCCACUUCACCAAGACAGCAAGCAAACCUGUAACAUCUCAAAACAAAGCAGUAUCAGUAAGCUUCUAAAACUUGCAAAGUUGAUUAUAUGGAAUGAAGCAACAAUGGCUAAAAAAUAUGCAAUUGAAUCAUUUGAUGCAAUGCUUCAUGAUAUUCUAGAUUGUGAUAUUAUAUUUCGUGUCAAAAUCAUUGUGUUUGGUGGAGAUUUUCGAUAA